AUGGUGUGCGAAAAAUGUGAGAAGAAACUUGGAACUGUUAUCACUCCAGAUACGUGGAAAGAUGGUGCAAGAAACACUACAGAAAGUGGUGGAAGAAGGCUGAAUGAAAACAAAGCUCUGACUUCAAAAAAAGCAAGAUUUGAUCCAUAUGGAAAGAAUAAGUUCUCCACUUGUAGAAUCUGCAAAAGUUCUGUGCACCAGCCUGGUUCCCAUUACUGUCAGGGCUGCGCCUACAAAAAGGGCAUCUGUGCAAUGUGUGGAAAAAAGGUUUUGGACACCAAAAACUACAAGCAAACGUCGGUCUAGACAUACUGAUGAAGUUCCUGGAUU